UUUUGUUUCACGUACAAAUUCUUAAUAAUUUCCUAUUAAUGAACGAUAAUGCUUUUUAAGUUUCAUAUUUCCAACUAUUGUUCUCAUCAAUCCUUGCUUAUAUUUAAAUAAAGAUUUUCAUUCUUUUUCAUUUAUUUCAAAUUUCAGCUUACUUUAUCUCUCAUCAAAACUUUUGCAACAUAUCGUUUGCAGGCUUAAUAUACCUUUCCUUUUGCACCAAGUUAUGUACGAUUUUCUCUAUUUUUUCUUAUAACGUUCAUUCUCAAUAAUUUGCUUUUAAUGUUUUAAUAUUGGACCCUUUUUUUUCUCGUCUUUUUAUUUCCUUCCCAAAGCAAAAUCACCAUCCAUCAUAAUGGAAGUACCUAUCGUCACAGAUUCUGAUACUUUUCAAGAAUCUCCUGAAUCCUUGCAACUAAUCGAAGCUGCUAAGCAGUUGGACUUGGCAAAGGUCCAAGAGAUGGUUGAUCAAGGUGCUGUCACUGCUGCUUUGGAUGUUGACAGUGGAAAAAACGCUUUGCAUUUCGUGGCCUUACAUGCAAAUGCCGAAAACGAGAAGAAGGCUGUUGAACUUGCUAAAUGGAUGCUAGGUAACGGUGGAGUUUGGAAUGGCAUUGACAAGUCUGGUGAAACUCCUGGUUGCAUUGCUCGUCGCAAAAAUUUAAAUGAACUCUACGAGACGAUUGUUAACGCGGGCGUCCGCUGUGAGCUACUUCUGUCUCUUCUGGAGAGGAAAGAAAAAGUCAAUGAACGCCUGGACACCAAUGAAAAGUAUUUACAGAGCACUCUUUCAUAUACCCAACCUACUGAAGACAGUAUUAGUCUCUUGGACAGUGAUGCAAAUGCUGUAAUGAUGUCUUGGGAAAAGAAAAUCAUGCAACGGUCUGCAGAGAUUAUUGCACCCAGAGUUGGUUGCCGAGUCUUAAACGUUGGUUUUGGAUUGGGCAUCAUUGAUACUUUUCUACAAGAACGACAACCAUCAUUGCAUGUAAUCAUCGAGCCUCAUCCACAUGUAUUGGCCUUCAUGCGGAAAAAUGGCUGGAUGGAUCGUCAAAAUGUUGUCAUUUAUGAGACUACUUGGGAAAGCGCUAUCGAAGACAUUGCUUCUAAGUACGUGUUCGAUGGUAUCUAUUAUGACGCUUUUGCUGAAAGCUACGAAGAUCUACGAAAAUUUUUUGACUCUGCAGUUGGUAUUUUAGAUCCUGAUACUGACUCUAAAUUUUCAUUUUUCAACGGUUUGGGUGCUGAUAACCAGACCUUCUACGAUGUGUAUAAAAAAUUAGUUCCUAUAGAUCUCGCUUCCUUCGGCUUCCAAUGCACUUACGAAGUUUUGCCAACAAGCAGUACAGAUGAAGAAUGGGAAGGUGCAAAGCGUCGUUAUUGGAAUGUGUCUGACUACUUUCUUCCUGUCAUUACUUUCGAUUUAUAAAUUGUCAACACAUGAGUACGUAUUUUUUGUUAUUUUAAAUAAAAUAAGGGUAUAUGAGGGCGGAUUUAUUCAGUGUAGACGUUAAAAAAUAAUUCCACAUUUAUUAAUAUAUGGAAAAUAUCU